AUGCUCUUGGCUUAUGCAGGUCACGACGCGACCGAAGCCUUUGAGCCGUUUCAUCAGCACGAUGUUAUCCAGAAGCAUUUGAACCCGGAUAGCUACUUGGGGCCUGUAAUAACAGAACUAACGGGCCCGGAAGUUGCCAAACCACAAUUGGCGCCAGGGAAGAAGACGCCAAAACUCUCCUCUAUCAUCAGUCUGUCUGAUUUUGAGUAUGCUGCUUCGGAGAAACUCUCUAUAUCCUCUUUUGCGUUCCUCAAAUCCGGUGCAGAAGACGAGUAUGCCUCUGGAUGGAACCGAGAUAGCUGGAAAGUAAUUCGGUUCCGGCCUCGAGUUUUACGGCCAAUCGAAAGCAUCGACAUAUCAUGUUCCAUCUUGGGCACCAAGUUUUCAGCCCCUUUCUUCAUUUGCCCAGCUGGUGGUGCUAAGCUGAUCAACCCCAAGGGGGACUUAUGUUUGACGAAGGCUGCUGGUUACCAUAGGAUCUUACACUGGGCAUGCAACAAUGCGGCAGUAUCUCAAAAGGACAUGGCGAAUGCAGGGAGACCUGAUCAGACGUUAUAUUGGCAAAUAUAUGCCAUGACUGACUUGGCGAUCACCGAGCAGCAGGUAAUUAAAGCUGUGGAAUUGGGAUACAAAGGAUUCGCCCUAACUGUUGAUGCUAUCCGAUCUGGAAAGCGUGAACGCGACUUACGUGCAAGCUCUUUCAACGCCAAUCUAGAUGAUGCCGAGGAGGAAGUUGAGGUUGGAGAUGAGGAAGAUGAGGGGUUUAGCGAAGAACCGACCGUCAAGAGACCACCUGUCUGGUCAAGCUUCAAUUGGGUGUCAGCUACUAAAUGGCUCCGAGGCAUAACCGCCCUUCCAAUCGCAAUCAAAGGAAUCCAGUGCUGGGAAGACGCAGAGCUUUGUAUGCAACAUGGAGUCAACCCCUGGCUUUCCAAUCACGGCGGAAGGCAAUUGGACGGAGCGCCAUCUGCAGCGGAGACACUCGUCUCGAUCCGAAAACACUGCCCGGAGGUCUUCGAAAAGUGUGAAGUUAUCGUCGAUGGGGGUAUCACCCGAGGCUCAGACAUUGUCAAGGCCCUUGCACUUGGUGCCAAAGCUGUCGGUAUUGGCAGACCAUUCUUGUACUCCCUGGCCUUCGGCGAAGCCGGUACGAGCAAAGCUAUUCGAAUCUUAAAGCAUGAAAUUGAGACCACAAUGGCGUUAUUGGGAGUGACAUCCCUGGACCAGCUCAAUCCUUCAUAUGUUAUCGAUGCCGCAAGGUCAAACUAUGUCUUCGCUAACAGCAGUCACAUUGACCAGGUCGAAACAUCUUCUUUGGCAUAUGCUUAUGCGCGAUCAAACCUGUGA